AUGCCUGCGCCAAAGAGAAAGAUGGAACCCGAGACCAAAUACUACGCCGUGCGUGCUGGCUACAAGCCCGGCGUUUACACCAGCUGGGCCCUUUGCCAGCAGCAAAUCACCGGCUUCAAGGGCGCCCAGUUCAAGUCGUUCACGAGCUACGAGGACGCUUCCGCAUUCGCCGCUGGCCGGCCCGUCGCCUCUGCCACCUCGACUUCAUCACCUUCCAAGUUCUACGGCGUCGCAGUCGGUCGCACGCCCGGUGUCUACACAGACUGGUCCAUUGCCCAGCAGGAGGUGGUGGGCUGGAAAAACCCCAAAUACAAAAAGUUCGAGACGCGCGCCGAGGCCGAGGAAUUCGUGCGCCAAUGGAGUGGCAAGCCGUCCUCCCAAGCCGUCAAGGUACCACAAGUGGACGAGACAGAUGACCUGCAAGUCAUUGCUCUGGAAGGGCCAGCGAAGAGCUCCAGGAAAGCUAGGAAAACCGGGGCCACGCAGUCUGCUCACCAGGCUCAGGAAGCCCUUGAUGAUGCUAGCAAGCCCGUCAUCAUCUACACGGACGGCAGUGCCAGAGGCAAUGGCAAGGUUGGCGCCAUGGCGGGGGUGGGUGUCUAUUUCUGCGGUGGUUUCAGGGAAAACAUCUCCGAAAGACUCCAAGGCCCCGUCCAAACGAACCAACGCGCCGAGUUGACCGCUGUCCUACGAGCACUGGAAGCCAUUCCGGACACGCAAAAUUGCGAGCUCCGCACCGACAGUCAAUACACAAUCAACUGCGUGACGUCGUGGUACAAAAAGUGGAUGAAGAACGAGUGGAGGAACACCAAGGGGGAGGAGGUCUCCAACCAGGAUCUGAUUGUGGCCAUCCGCAAGAAGAUCGACACGCGCGAUAGGAAGGCCGCCGAGACCAAGUUCGUCUGGGUUAAGGGGCACGGGACGGACGAAGGCAACAUCGCUGCGGAUAUGCUGGCGGUCAAAGGCGCGACAAUGAUGUUCUGA